UCAAGUCAGUAUUGCUCUUGUGAUUUUGUGCACAGGACAGCGGAGAGCCCGGAAAAGAACGUCACGGAUAUUGUGGCCAGCGAAAACGAAAAAUAAUCGCAACCCAAAAACAAAGAAAAAAACAAAACCUCUAUACAUCCCAAAUCAAAAAUCUCUAAAGUGUGUAGUGUAAUAGAUGUGAAGGCAAAGAAAAAGCCAAACAAAGAAACAAAUUAGCAAACACUUUGUGUUUUGUGUUUUGUAUGUUGUUAUGAAAAUAAAAACAUCAGUGUACGCAUACACCUUUGGGGCCAUACCCUAAACACUCUCACACUGGGGUUUGCAAAUGUCAAAUCGUAUUUGACAGCUGCAACAUUUGACAUUUUGCUGCUGAAGUGGAGACUUUGCUUGUGUGUAUUUGAACCACCACCAUCAUCACCAUCGACGACACUGUGAAAGCAACAACGUUGUGUUUCGGUUUUGUUGCUGUUGCUGUUGCGGUUGUUGUUGUGGUAGUACUAAAAAGCACACUCUUGUACUAAAACUGUAUAGACGUCAUUGGCAUCGCUUUUAAGAUGGGAGCACAAAGAGCAAGAAGAAGCAUCGCGUAAACUACGUUUGUUUGUAAAUAAAACCCGGCUAAAAGGCAAGGUCAAAAUAGUUGCAAACUGUCGUCGAAUCGUCAAUUCGAAGAACUACAUCUACGUCUGCCACGCCUGCACGUGACUUUCUCAAUCACGUCACAGAGCCCCAGCCACCAGCCACCAGCAUCACCAUUCUGCCAUCAAUCCCACUGACAAUGUGGUGGGUGACGUAAAUCUUUGUAAUGUCCCUGCCACCUGUAAUGAUCUUUGUCUAAUUGCUUGUCUGUAACUCGCAUCGUGUAUCCUAAAUAAACCCCAAUCUUCAUUGACUGCACUGCAAGUUGCCCCGGGGGGCCAAGAGCGACAUGGCGGCGAUUCGUUGCAAUUGCACGCUAUGGUCGCACUUUAAAUGGCUCUGCCUUCUGGUAGUGCUCAUACUGCUGUGCCAAAGUGUCCAAGCGAACCCGGAUGCCAAGCGUCUAUAUGAUGAUCUGCUCAGCAACUAUAAUCGUCUGAUACGGCCUGUGAGCAAUAACACCGACACUGUGUUGGUUAAGCUAGGCCUUCGUCUAUCGCAGCUUAUCGACUUGAAUUUAAAGGAUCAAAUCCUAACCACAAACGUUUGGCUAGAGCAUGAAUGGCAGGAUCACAAAUUCAAAUGGGAUCCCUCGGAGUAUGGAGGUGUAACGGAGCUGUAUGUGCCUUCGGAACACAUUUGGCUGCCCGACAUUGUGUUGUAUAACAAUGCUGAUGGCGAAUAUGUGGUUACCACAAUGACCAAAGCCAUUUUACACUAUACUGGCAAAGUGGUCUGGACACCUCCGGCCAUCUUCAAGUCCUCUUGUGAGAUAGAUGUUCGCUACUUUCCGUUUGAUCAGCAAACAUGUUUUAUGAAAUUUGGCUCCUGGACUUACGAUGGUGAUCAGAUCGAUUUGAAGCACAUCAAUCAGAAGAAUGACAAGGACAAUAAGGUGGAAAUCGGCAUUGAUUUGCGUGAAUACUAUCCCAGUGUGGAGUGGGACAUUUUGGGAGUGCCAGCCGAGCGCCAUGAGAAAUACUAUCCUUGCUGUGCCGAACCAUAUCCAGAUAUUUUCUUCAACAUAACACUGCGCCGCAAGACCCUUUUCUACACGGUGAACCUGAUCAUCCCCACUGUGGGCAUAUCGUAUCUGUCGGUUUUGGUCUUCUAUCUGCCCGCCGACUCCGGAGAGAAGAUUGCCUUGUGUAUCAGCAUUUUGCUGUCUCAGACCAUGUUCUUCUUGCUGAUAUCCGAAAUUAUACCGUCAACUUCACUGGCGUUGCCGCUGCUGGGCAAGUACUUGCUCUUCACCAUGUUGCUGGUCGGCCUGAGUGUGGUCAUAACGAUCAUCAUACUCAACAUACACUAUCGCAAGCCGAGCACCCAUCGCAUGGCGCCUUGGGUGCGAUCAUUCUUCAUAAAACGACUGCCCAAACUUCUGUUGAUGAGAGUGCCCAAAGACCUGCUAAGGGAUCUGGCGGCCAACAAGGUCAACUACAACAUGAACUUUAACAAGACGAAAUUCGGCAAGGCCCUCAUGGACGAGAUGAAUAUAAGCUCCGGCGACUCCAGUCCCGAUUCCAUACGACGCAUGCAGGGUCGUGUGGGCAAUGGCUUGCAUAGUGCUUCGGCCACAAAUAGAUUCAGUGGCAUGAUGGGAGUGCUGGGCGGUGGUCUGAGCACCUUAAGCGGCUACAAUGGUUUACCUUCGGUUCUCUCUGGCUUGGACGAUUCCCUGAGUGAUGUUGCGCCCCGCAAAAAAUAUCCCUUCGAAUUGGAAAAAGCCAUUCACAAUGUCAUGUUCAUACAAAACCACAUGCAGCGCCAGGACGAAUUCAAUGCCGAAGACCAAGAUUGGGGCUUUGUUGCCAUGGUUCUCGAUCGUUUAUUUUUAUGGAUUUUCGCCAUAGCCUCCCUGGUUGGUACAUUCAUGAUUUUGGGCGAAGCCCCAUCCCUCUACGAUGACACCAAACCCAUCGAUGUGGAGCUGUCCAUCAUUGCUCAGCAAAUUUACAAUCUUACCGAGAAGAAAUCUUAAAAGCAGCAAAAAGUCUUGCUACGUUAAUACUAAUGAAACCCAUUUCCCCAUCCCUCAACCACAACUUUAACACACACACACACACACAGCCAAAUGUUAACAACAUCGUGUCUCACAUAAUGUUAUAAAAAAAAACAGUAACAUUAGGACAUAGAAAAUUAUGAUAAAUUUUUUAAGUUUAAGCAAAAAUUAAGAAAAAAUUUAAAUAAAUAAAAUAUUUCAAAUUUAACGGAAAGAACUUCUUUAAA